AUGUCUGAUUACUGUACGGUUUACUCGAAGCUGCCCGAAGACACGGAGAAUGAGGCUGCUGUCCCAAACGUUACUUCUGUCGAGAAACUUGGAGUCGCUAAUGACAACUCGAGCAUCUCAACUACUGAGAAGGAAAGCAGGUUCACAUUUUCUGCCCUGUCUGAUCUGGGAGAACUGCUGCGCUGUACUCUUUGGCAUGACAAUGCUGGCGACGCCACAGACUGGCACUGCGAAUGGGUGCGAGUCAGUGAACUCCUGCCUCCGAUUAAUGGUCUCCUCCCUCGAGAAUGGUUUUUUGCCUGUAACCAGUGGAUAUCUGCCAAACAAGGCAAUAAGGAAUGCUGUGUUGAGUUGAAAAGUUCCACUGGCACUGUCGUAGACUCGCCUAACGCACGAACUGCAGGCGAAGAGGUUGUGAGGGAAAUGAAGGUCGUCACUGCGCCUAAAGAGGAAGCUGGGGUGGAAGGUGGCAAGUCACUUGAUACUGUCUACCGGAUACAAGUGGAGACUACCAACAUCGAAGGUGGAGAUUGUGCUCACACAGGGUGGAUCGUGUUAAAGGGCGAGUAUGGUCAGUCAGCCCCCUUUUACCUUGUUCAUCCCAAGGGGAAAAGGACCUUCGAGAAAGGUGGAGUUGACGACUUCGUCAUGUUCUCACCAUCAUUGGGUCUUCUAAAGAAAAUAUACGUAGGUAUCACCAACUAUGGCAUCGCACUUCCCUUCGACAUCCGCACGGACGCAAGCCUAGAACAACAGGAGGACUUGCAAUGGCACUGUAAACGAAUCCUCGUAACCGACGAGAAGAAUAGCAACGUAUACGUUUUCAAUAUCAACCAAUGGGUACCAGUCUAUCCCGAUAUUGGAAAGCACUCGGCCAUUGGAGCUAAGCCAGCUGAACUGUAUAAAGAACCGACAGACAACAGAGGAAGAAAAAUGAACAAUGGAUUCAACAACAUAUGGACUACUAAAGGCGUUGGUUUCGCCACUGACUCAGACAACUCACUUGCUUAA